UACUUCUAUGCUUAUGUUUUGUGACAAGUUGUCGUUUUAUAUGCCAGAACGACAAAAGAUACUGCCAGUAUCUGUUAAUAUUGAAUUUGUACCACGUGGUUUUCGCCGGUUACGAUAAAUUAUACGUACGAUUUGAUUAUACAACACAUUAAUCGAUGCAAGAUGGCAAAACAGCUGACAGACCGAAUUUUAGAAUAUUUAGACAGCUAUGAUGACACGGAUUCGCUGGAUUUGGCGGAGAAAUUUCAAGAGGAUCAUCAGAAGAUCAUAGGAGCUAUCAAGAGCCUUGAAACAAUGGACAAUUUGAUCAUAGUGAAACCAAUCUCUAAAAAGAAAUGGGAAAUCACAACUGAGGGUCAACAUGUAAUAGAACAUGGCAGUCAUGAAGCGGUUGUUUACAGAAAUGUUCCUAAUAAUGGAAUAUCUCAGGCAGAACUUAUGAAAUCUGUUCCUUAUGCUAAAGUAGGUUUUUCCAAAGCAAUGGUUGCUGGAUGGAUUGAGAUUGAUAAAAGUGGAAGUAUUCCUAUUGUACGAAAAAAAGUACCAUUUAUUAUAGAUAACAUACAAGUCCAUUUAAUGGAUGAUCUUGCAAAUAUCCCAGAAAAUGUUAAAAUUGAAUAUAAGAAGAGAAAGCUUCUGCAAGAUACAUUAAUUAAAAUUAUGCAUGUGGAAAAAGGGCCAAACUUUUCUACAAAAAUACAAAAACUAGAAGCAGAUUUAACAUCGGAUUUAUUAGCAAAUGGUGCUUGGAAAAAUAAGAAAUUCAAACCAUACAAUUUCGAGGCACUAGGUGCAGCACUUCAAAUUGGACAUUUGCAUCCAUUGUUAAAAGUUCGUCAAGAAUUUAGAAAAAUUUUCCUAGAAAUGGGAUUUACAGAAAUGCCGACAAAUAAUUAUGUAGAAAGUUCUUUCUGGAAUUUUGAUGCUUUGUUCCAGCCGCAACAACAUCCAGCUCGUGAUGCACAUGAUACCUUUUAUGUCUCUGAACCACGUAUUUCUACAAAAUUUCCCAUGGAAUAUCUUGAACGUGUGAAAACUGUUCAUAGUAAAGGAGGAUAUGGAUCUCAAGGUUAUAGAUAUGAUUGGAAAUUGGAAGAGGCACAGAAAAAUUUGCUGCGCACUCAUACAACAGCUGUUACUGCACGGAUGUUAUAUAAACUCAUGCAGGAGGGAGAGUUUAAGCCGGUGAAAUACUUCAGUAUUGAUAGAGUAUUCCGCAAUGAGACUUUAGAUGCAACACAUCUUGCAGAGUUUCAUCAAAUUGAAGGUGUUAUUGCCAAUUAUAAAGUUUCACUUGGUGAUCUUAUUGGUAUUUUAUACGAAUUUUUCAAAAAGCUUGGCAUCACUCAACUUCAAUUUAAACCUGCGUAUAAUCCAUAUACUGAACCAAGCAUGGAAAUAUUCUGUUUUCAUAAUGGCUUGGAGAAAUGGAUAGAAAUUGGUAACAGUGGCAUGUUUAGGCCUGAGUUGUUAUUGCCAUUGAAUUUACCCCCUGAUGUAAAUGUUCUUGGAUGGGGUUUGUCGUUAGAAAGACCAACAAUGAUUAAAUAUGGUUUGAACAACAUACGUGAUCUUGUUGGACCAAAGGUGGACAUGGAAAUGGUUUAUAACAAUCCUAUCUGUCGAUUAGAGAAAACCAGCCGUUACAUGAUGCUCUUACAACAAAAAACACAAGAAGAAAAGUCAAUUAAAAGCAAUCAAGCAAAUCAAGAAGCAAACAUCAAGCAGACAACGAAUCCUUCAGAAAAGCUAAGCUUUUCUAAUCAACAAUUUGUUAUUUUUUGCGAUCCAAAUUAUCCAAUUUAUUUUAUCGAGCCUUUAUUACGACUUGUAAAACCAUAUUUUAAUAUUUCUGUGUCAACAUAUGUUCAUUCUACAGUGACGAAUUUUUCUAAUGAGCUUGUUGGAUUCUGUUCAGACUUUUCCAGCAGCAACGCGCACGCGGAGAUGUCUUUCAUUUUGAUUUGGAAAACUGUCGGGAUUGAUCCCAUUAUGGUGUUCUCGGAAAUGCAUAGAAUUCAGGGAAUAGUGAACAUAGCGCGAUAUUUAAAUCGCUUGAUUGAACUGAGCAACGCAAAUGUAUUAAAAUAUGAAGGGAACGGACCAUUCUAUGCGACUAAGAUAGAUAGUUAUUUAGAUAAGAUACAUUGUACUUUGCAUGGUAUUAAGAAUAAUACCAUAUUGCAAAAAAUUCAUAAAAAGUCACGUUAUGUCAUGGGUGAGGAUAUCUCCAUAGUCGAUCUUAUUUUUGAAUCUAUCGACAAGUGUAAAGUGAGAAAGAACUAAUUUAUUAAAAGCUUAUUUAUUUUGUGGAUAAUAAAUCAUCUAUACAUAUAUA